AUGGAUGACUACUUUAAACUAAUCGACUCACCACGCUCGGUGAGACACAGAGGCAACAACGUUGAGAACCACGGUUACUUCGAGACGGAGAAGGGCGUCAUGACAGUCAAGAACAUGUUGGAGGAGUCAGUGGCACUUUCGAGCCACCUGUCCGUGGAUCGAUAUGAGCGAGAGCGUGGACGCGAUUGCUGCGAGAGGGUGGUUAUCAACAUUUCAGGUUUACGCUUCGAAACUCAACUCAAAACUUUCAACCAGUUUCCGAAAACGUUGCUCGGGGACCCCAGAAAGAGAAUGCGUUACUUUGACCCACUGAGGAACGAGUACUUCUUCGACAGAAACCGACCCAGCUUUGAUGCCAUUCUCUAUUAUUACCAGUCAGGAGGGCGCAUACGUAGACCUGUUAACGUGCCUAUUGACAUCUUUUCUGAGGAGAUCAAUUUCUAUCAACUCGGGGAAGAGGCUAUGGAAAAAUUCCGAGAGGACGAAGGAUUCAUAAAAGAAGAGGAACGUAUUUUACCCAAUAAUGAAUUCCAAACGCAGGUUUGGCUUUUGUUUGAAUACCCUGAAAGCUCUGGGCCAGCUAGGGGAAUAGCUAUCGUCUCAGUGCUUGUCAUUUUAAUAUCAAUUGUUAUAUUCUGUUUAGAGACCUUGCCUGAGUUUCGGGAUGACCGGGAACCUAUCCCGUUAGCACUUACAGUCAAUGGGACGGCCUCCUACCACGCAAAUCCAUUCACCGACCCUUUCUUUGUGAUAGAAACACUUUGCAUAAUCUGGUUCUCUUUUGAGUUGCUGGUCAGGUUCUUCGCGUGCCCUAGCAAAUCCACGUUCUCAAAAAAUAUAAUGAACAUCAUCGACAUUGUCGCCAUAUUUCCCUACUUCAUCACUUUGGGGACAGAACUGGCUGAGAAGCAGGGUAACGGUCAGCAAGCCAUGUCCCUGGCCAUUCUCAGAGUGAUAAGGCUCGUGAGAGUCUUUCGCAUCUUCAAGCUCUCCAGGCAUUCUAAGGGCCUACAGAUCUUAGGGCAGACGCUAAAGGCAAGCAUGAGGGAGCUUGGACUGCUGAUAUUUUUUCUUUUCAUUGGAGUUAUCCUUUUCUCCAGUGCUGUUUAUUUUGCCGAAGCCGAUGACCCAUCCUCCAGUUUCACAAGCAUCCCAGAUGCGUUCUGGUGGGCUGUGGUCACCAUGACUACUGUCGGAUAUGGAGACAUGCACCCUGUGACAAUUGGUGGCAAAAUUGUUGGGUCAUUGUGUGCUAUUGCCGGAGUGUUGACUAUUGCUCUCCCUGUGCCAGUUAUUGUCUCCAACUUCAAUUACUUUUACCAUAGGGAGACUGAUGGAGAAGAGCACGCACAGUACUUGCACGUCAGCAGCUGCGAGCACCUACCCUCAGCCACAGAGGAGCUGAAAAGGACUCGUAGCACGUCAUCUCUGAGCAAGUCAGAAUAUAUGGUUAUAGAGGAGGGCAUCAACAGUGGGUAUAAACAGCCCAACUUCACCAAUGAGAAUAACCAAAACUGCGUGAACAUCAAAAAGAUAUUCACGGACGUGUAA